AUGAGAACUGCUCUUUCUUUUCUCUUCAUCAGAAAGGCUUCGUGCUACUUUCUGUUCGAGCUCAUUGAUGACUUUGCGAGGUACUAUGAAGACAUGUUUUUCCCUGACUCAACAGGGGCAUGGGCCAUACUUGCAGGAUCUUUCUUCGUGACCUUCUACGGCACUCGCUUUCCAAGAAUAUGCUUAGCGCCAUACAUAGCGGCAAUGAUAUACUACAAGUUCUGCGGGGUAAAGCAAGGUCUUGACUCCAUCUCUCCAAAGACAAUAGAAGAAUACAAUAUUUCUCCGGAGAUACUGCAGAGCCUGAAAAGCAUGUUUGACAGUGAUGUGGACGACACAACUUCAGUAUGGAUCGUUUCUUUCCUGCUGGCGUCCAUCUUUGUAUGGGCUCUAGAGAUGGCCAGCAACCUCCUGUUUAUGGUUGGCCUGUAUAUUAUUUACAGAAUGUUCUUCCAUAUAGGCUUUGAGACCUACAAGGAGUCGAGCCCUAUAGUAUUCUAUAUCCUGCUUCUGGUAUCGUUUGGGAUUUUAUACUAUGUGACUCGGAGGCUAGCAAAGUACCUGCUUCUAGUCCUGUUCAGCGUCACUGGGUCGCUUGUGCUGCUGGCAUCAAUCGAGCUUGUCACAGAAAGCUACACACUAGGAUUCUACGACUUAAUACUAGAUCUGGAAGAUGCACAAUACCUGGAACUUUCGCAUGUGUCUACGCCAAUGGGUAUAUGGAUAUUAACCGCUUUGAUGGGAGUGCUGUGGCAGUGGAAGUUUAUAGAGGAUAAAACCUAA